UUACUUGUUGUUUGUUACUAACUAAAUUGAAUUUGGAAUGCCUUUCCUGCAACUGUUUUGAAUUUACUGUAUGUGGCAGAGGAGUUUGUAAGCAAAAGUCAAAGAAAAUGACAACGGAUAUCAGUUUGGAAAGAGAUAUUGCGAGUCUUCAACCAGUUGUAGAUCAUGACAGCAAGCAAGAUUCAGAGAAUAGCAAGGCCAAAGAUGAAACAACCAAGAAAGUACCCUUACACAAGCUUUUCUCAUUUGCUGAUCCUUUGGAUCGUUUAUUGAUGUCUAUGGGGACUGUGGGUGCUAUUGGGAAUGGAAUUUCCAUUCCCUUGAUGAUUUUAAUAUUUGGAAGUAUGAUCAAUGCAUUUGGAGAAUCCACAACCUCAAAACUUGUUGAUGAAGUUUCCAAGGUGUCUCUGAAAUUUGUAUACUUGGCUGCAGGUACCUUUGUUGCGUCAUUUUUGCAAUUAACUUGCUGGAUGAUCACUGGGGAGAGACAGGCUGCAAGAAUUAGAGGCUUAUACCUUCAAACAAUUUUGAGGCAAGAUGUGAGUUUCUUUGAUAAGGAAACUAAUACCGGAGAGGUUGUUGGAAGGAUGUCAGGUGAUACUGUUCUUAUUAAAGAUGCCAUGGGGGAGAAGGUGGGACAGUUCAUACAAUUUGUGUCAACUUUCAUAGGAGGUUUUGUCGUAGCAUUCACUAAAGGGUGGCUUCUAACUAUUGUCAUGCUAUCUAGUAUACCACUUCUUGUCUUGUCUGGUGCUGUGUUAAGUUCGUUUAUUGCAAAAGCAUCAUCAACUGGACAAGCAGCUUAUUCUAAAUCAGCAAGUGUAGUAGAGCAGACAAUAGGUUCCAUCCGAACUGUUGCAUCAUUCACUGGGGAGAAACAAGCUAUAGCUAAAUAUAAUCAGUCCUUAAUCAAGGUCUACAAGACUGCAGUACAAGAGGCACUAGCAUCUGGUGUGGGAUUUGCUACACUCUUUUUUGUUUUUAUCGCCAGUUAUGGUUUGGCUGUAUGGUUUGGUGGGAAAUUAAUAAUAGAGAAAGGAUAUACAGGAGGGGAUGUUGUGGCAGUAGUUUUUUCUGUAUUGACUGGUUCAAUGUGUCUUGGACAGACAUCUCCAAGCCUAAGUGCUUUUGCUGCAGGACAAGCUGCAGCCUUUAAGAUGUUUGAAACGAUUAAAAGGAAGCCAGAAAUUGAUGCUUAUGACACUAAUGGGCGAAAGCUUGAUGACAUUCGCGGCGACAUAGAGCUUAGGGAGGUUUGUUUUAGUUAUCCUACAAGACCAGAUGAACUGAUAUUCAAUGGAUUUUCUCUUUCAUUACCAAGCGGCACUACUGUAGCUUUGGUAGGGCAAAGUGGGAGUGGAAAAUCCACAGUUGUUAGUCUGAUAGAGAGAUUCUAUGAUCCAACGGCUGGUGAAGUUCUCAUUGACGGUAUCAACCUCAGAGAAUUUCAGCUGAAAUGGAUCAGACAGAAAAUAGGCCUAGUCAGCCAGGAACCAGUUCUCUUUACUUGUAGCAUUAAAGAGAAUAUUGCCUAUGGCAAGGAUGGUGCAACUAAUGAAGAAAUCAGAGCUGCGGCAGAGCUUGCUAAUGCUGCCAAAUUUAUAGAUAAACUUCCUCAGGGUCUAGACACAAUGGUUGGUGAGCAUGGAACUCAGCUCUCUGGGGGUCAAAAGCAAAGAGUUGCAAUAGCAAGAGCAAUUUUAAAAGACCCAAGAAUCCUACUUCUGGAUGAAGCUACAAGUGCCCUUGAUGCAGAAUCUGAGAGAACAGUACAAGAGGCAUUGGACAGAAUAAUGAUAAAUCGGACAACUAUCGUCGUAGCUCACCGCUUAAGUACUAUAAGAAAUGUUGAUACCAUUGCUGUCAUUCAUCAAGGAAAAAUAGUUGAAAGAGGUUCACACGAUGAGCUCACCAAGGAUCCUAAUGGAGCCUAUAGCCAGCUUAUUAGACUGCAAGAGAUGAAGGGGUCAGAACAGAAUGAUGAAAAUGACACAAACAAGUCAAACAGCAGAGUGCAUUCUGGAAGACAAUUGAGUCAAAGAUCUUUUUCCUUAAGAUCUAUAAGCCAAGGGUCAUCUGGAAACAGUGGCCGUCACUCUUUCUCAGCAUCAUAUGUUGAACCCACAAAAGAUGGCUUCUCAGAAACUGCAGAUGGUGGACCUCAAGCUUCUCCUUCAACUGUUUCUUCACCACCAGAAGUGUCACUUUAUCGCCUGGCAUAUUUUAACAGGCCUGAGAUUCCAGUCUUAUUGAUGGGGACUAUAGCUGCAGUGUUACAUGGAGUAAUAAUGCCUACUUUUGGGCUCUUGCUUUCUAAAAUGAUAAAUAUUUUCUACAAGCCAGCUGACGAACUUCGUAAAGACUCAAAAUUUUGGGCGAUAGUGUUUGCUGCGGUUGGUGUGGCUACAUUACUCAUCAUUCCAUGUAGAUUCUACUUUUUUGGCGUUGCUGGAGGUAAGUUGAUCCAAAGGAUCCGAAAAAUGUGUUUUGAGAAAGUAGUUAACAUGGAAGUAAGUUGGUUUGAUGAGGCUGAGCAUUCAAGUGGAGCACUUGGAGCAAGGCUUUCCACUGAUGCAGCUUCAGUUAGAGCUCUUGUUGGAGAUGCACUUGGUUUGCUGGUUCAAAAUAUUGCUACAGCAAUAGCUGGAUUGGUAAUUGCUUUUCAAGCAAGCUGGCAGCUCGCUUUUAUAGUUCUUGCUUUGGCACCUUUAUUAGGACUAAAUGGAUACGUGCAAGUAAAGUUCUUGAAAGGAUUCAGCGCAGAUGCAAAGAAAUUGUAUGAGGAAGCAAGUCAAGUGGCAAAUGAUUCUGUAGGGAGUAUAAGAACAAUUGCUUCUUUCUGUGCUGAAGAGAAGGUGAUGGAAAUAUAUAAGGAAAAAUGUGAGGGACCAAUUAAGAAAGGCAUAAGGCGAGGGAUAAUAAGUGGAUUUGGUUUUGGGUUAUCAUUCUUCAUGCUGUAUGCAGUUUAUGCCUGCUGUUUUUAUGCUGGAGCUCGACUUGUAGAGGAUGGAAAAUCAACAUUCUCAGAUGUUUUCGUUGUGUUUUUUGCUCUCAGCAUGGCAUCUGUGGGAGUCUCUCAAUCUGGGACCUUGCUCCCUGAUUCAACUAAUGCAAAAAGUGCUGCUGCUUCCAUAUUUGCUAUUCUUGAUCAGAAGUCAAAAAUAGACCCUAGUGAUGAAUCUGGAAUUACACUGGAAGAAAUCAAGGGAGAAAUUGAGUUUAACCAUGUUAGUUUUAAGUAUCCUACUAGACCUGAUGUACAAAUAUUCAGAGAUCUUUGCUUGAACAUUCAUAGCGGCAAGACAGUUGCACUGGUUGGUGAAAGUGGAAGUGGAAAAUCAACAGUAAUCUCAUUACUACAAAGAUUUUAUGAUCCAGACUCAGGACACAUUACACUUGAUGGAAUAGAAAUUCAAAGGCUGCAAGUGAAAUGGCUGAGACAACAGAUGGGACUGGUAAGCCAAGAGCCUGUUCUUUUCAAUGACACCAUUAGAGCCAACAUUGCAUAUGGAAAAGGAGGAGAUGCAACAGAAGCAGAAACUGUAGCUGCAGCAGAACUUGCAAAUGCUCACCACUUCACUAGUAGUUUGCAGAUGGGGUAUGACACAAUAGUAGGUGAAAGAGGAAUUCAACUAUCUGGGGGACAGAAGCAGCGUGUGGCAAUUGCAAGAGCUAUGGUGAAGAAUCCAAAAAUAUUACUUCUAGAUGAAGCAACAAGUGCACUUGAUGCUGAGUCUGAAAAAGUGGUUCAAGAUGCACUUGACCGUGUUAUGGUGGAAAGAACCACUAUAAUAGUGGCUCAUAGGUUAUCAACUAUUAAGGGUGCAGAUUUAAUUGCAGUAGUUAAGAAUGGUGUUAUAGCAGAGAAAGGAAAACAUGAAACAUUGCUACAUAAGGGUGGUGACUAUGCUUCUUUAGUAGCAUUGCACACACAAAGAGGUGCUUCUUCAUUUUAAAAUCAGAUGUUUGGCCUUUUUCUUUUCUCUAUCAUGGUUUCAUUUGUAUUGUGUAUAAUGUGUGUGUGGUUCUAUUUUUAAAAUGGUCAAAAUUGAUUCUACAUAAAAUUGAUUUUGAUAUA